AUGCGCGACGAUCACGGCGGAGGGUCGUCCCUCCUGAAGCGCAAGUCCAAGUCUUUCCUCACGGUAGCAGCCCACGAGCCGGGCCUAUGCAGCAUUCUUUUCGAUCUUGACGGCCGGAACAUUCUAACAGCCGGCGCCGACAAUCAGGUCAAACUGUUCCCCAUCAAGCUGUCCAGCGCGCCGUCCGGCGGCGACGGCGCGCCGAGUCUGGGCGAUCCGCGGACGGUGCGCGUGGAGCAUAAGGGACCGAUGACGACGCUGGCGAUGAGUCCCAUGGGCGAUAAGUUCGCCACGGCUGCGGAGGACCACACUGUGAAACUACACUCGUAUCCUGCUGCGCGGUUCGAGAGCAACGUGACUCGGUUCACUCUUCCCAUCCGCGCGCUCGCAUUCAACGUCUCGGGCGGGCUUCUCGCGGCGGCGGGCGACGACGAGGGCAUUAAAGUCAUAUCCACCGUCGAUUCCUCUAUCGUCUCCGUGCUCAAGGGUCACGACGCGCCCGUGCUGAGCGUGGCGUUCGACCCGAAGAACGAGCUGCUUGCGUCGUGCGACGCGGACGGGACCGUCAUCAUUUGGAGCAUAUCCGAGGCUAAGCCUCUCCAUACGCUGCGCGGCGUCGCCCCCGUGAUCGACGCGGUGGCGACGGAGGAGGAGGCGGACGGCGCGGCGGCAGCGGUGGCGGGGCGGAGCGCCGUGGCGUGGCACCCAGACGGCAGCUUCCUGGCGGCGCCCGGUACUGACUGCGACGUGAUCUGCUACGACCGCGACACGGCUGACGUCAUGCUCACGCUGAAGGGUGUGCACAAGUCUCGUGUCGCUGUUCUCGCAUGGUGCCCCAGCGGCCGUUACUUAGCGACGGCCGGCGCGGCGGAUGGCACGGUGGCGGCAUGGGACGUGGAGGCGGCGGACGGCUCGUUCGAUCUGGACGUGUGCCGCGUCGAUGCCGGCGCGCCCAUUACGGGCCUGCAAUGGAGCCCCGCGGAUAACGCGAUCGCCGCCAUUGAUUGCGCCGGCUGCUGCGGCGUGUGGCACGGCCCCGUGCCGCCCCACAUGGCUGCGCCGAACGCGGCGCCGCAGUGGGGAGGGGCGGGCAUCGAGCAGCAGAAAGAGGCCCGCCGUACUCGGGAGGAGCUGUUCCGAUUUGAUGACGCGCCCGGCGCGGCAGGUGGCGGAAGCGGAAAUUCGGGGCAGGCGGGCGGAGAGGGCAGCGGGGGGGCGCAGGAGGUGUGGGAGGACGACCUUGAGAAUGACGACGGGCGCAGGGGGAAGGGGAAGUGUGGAAGCAGGGGCGGGGACGGGGAGGGGGACGCGGGAGCGGGAUCAGGAGGAGAGGAGGAGAGGGAGGGGGGGUUUCGCGCUCAUGCGGGGAGGAGGAGAGGUGGGGGAGGGGCACGACACGUGGUGGAGGAUGGGAGUGACAGGGAGGACGAAGUGGGCGGGUGGGAUGGGGAGAGAGAGGAGGAGCGGAAGGGGGGCGGGAAGAGAGAUGGCGGAAGGGGGAGUGGGGGGAAGGGGCACGUGAGCCGUGGGGAGAGGAAGGGGAGCGUUGCUGUGGCUGCCCCGGUGGUGUUCAUGCAGCCGCCGUUCCAACCCGGGUCAACCACGCUCACAGCAGCAGCGGGCGGCAGCAGCGCGGAGGGGGAGGAGGGUGUGGAGGGGCCGGGGGGGGUGCGACUGCGGUAUCUGGCAUACGACAUGCUGGGGCGGGUUACCACUCGCAUGGACGCAGAGAGCGAUACAGCACACGUGGAGGUGGACUUCCAUGACACGUCAGCAGCAGUGACACGUGUGCCAGCGCUGACGGACUACUACGGGUGCACCAUGGGCGUGCUGGGGGAGAGGGGGUACGCGCUCGCCUCGCCUGCGCGCGCCAAGCAGCCUUCCACCAUUCUCUUCCGCCCCUUCACCUCCUGGGCUCCCUCCUCCGAUUGGUCGGUGCGCCUGCCAGCAGGGGAGGAGGUGACAGCCAUAGCCGUGGGCCGCAAGUGGGUGGCGGCGGCAACUUCCCGGAACUUUCUGCGAAUCUUCUCGGACACGGGGCUGCAGCGUGCAAUAGUGUCACUGGAGGGUCCUGUGGUGGCCAUGGCGGGGCAGGGCGCGUUCCUUGCUAUUGCCUUCCUUGCCGCAGGGCCGCACCCUGAUGGUCACCAGGCCAUGCAUCUGCUGCUCCUGGACAUGCAUUCAUCCGCCCUGCGCCUGCGCACGCCCAUCGCCCUCUCCCCCUGCGCCUCCCUCGCCUGGCUCGGCUUCUCCACCAUCUCUUCUGACCCCUCUGCACCACUCCACACCACCGUGCCAACAGUUGCCACAUACGAUUCCCAGGGCGUGGUUCGCAUUCUCUCUCCGGACUUUGGUGGCUGCUGGAUGCCCAUAUUCAGUGUGAGUGCAUCGCCUACGAGUGAGUCGCACCGGCUGUGGAUGGUGGGGCUGGACCUCCGGGAGCAAGCCAUCUUCUUCAUCGUCUGCACCACUGCCUGCCCACAACCCUCGGUGUUCCCCCGGCCUGUACUAUCGGAGAUGCCUCUGGCGCUGCCCCUAGCCCUGUCAGACCUUGCAGCAGCUGACUCUCUCCAGGCCGACCUCCUGCGCUCAGCACUCGCCACUGCACACGUGCGGGCAGUGGCGGACGAGGCGUUGCAGAUGGGGGAGCAGGGGGCGCUGGCGGCAGCAGAGGACGAGGAGGAGCUGCUGAAGCUCGAGGCAGAGAGGGACAAGACGCUUCUGCGCCUGCUCGUCGCUGCUGCUAAAGGGGACAAGCUAGAGCGGGCAAUGGAGCUGGGAACAAUGCUGUCGCUGAGGAAGAGCCUGCAGGGCGCUGUCAAGCUCACCUCCGCACUGCGCCUCCCCGUGCUCGCUGAACGCCUGCACUUGCUGCUGCAGGUCAGUGAGUGGUGGAGUGCGGUGGUCAGGGCCGCAGCAUUGGCCCCGAUGUUUGUCAAGAAGGGCCCAGGAGCAAGUCAGAAAGCAGCAGCAGGUGGACAGAAGAACGUGAAAGUGAAUCCCAAGGGCUCUGAUGCUCCUGCUGCUGGAGAUUGCUCCAGCCCUCAAUCGGCUGCCAAAGGCACUGCCACGGACAUUAGUGCUAGAGGCGAGGAGGCAGGUGCUGGUGAUGCAGGCGGGGCAAAGCCACCUGCAAGCAGUGUCAAGCCGUGUAACCCGUUUGGGAAGAAACCUGGAGGUGCAGUGGCAGCCAGUGGGGUUGAAGGCUCUGUGUUGGAUUCUGUCAGGCAUAUGCAACAGGCAGAAGGUGCGUUGAAGGAUGUCAAAUCAGGAGAUGGAGCGGGGCCGAAACGAGCAUCUGUGGUGUCUGGAGCCAGGGCAGUUGGAGCCAAACGAUCCAAGAUAAAGUAG